AUGUCGUCGACACGCACCACCACCGCCGCCGGCCAAAUCCGCUUCCGAGCAGACCCCUGCGCUCAGGAAUCGUUCAUAGAACAUGCCCAACACACGGUGACAGACACCAUAGAGGAGGUCAAGGAGUCGCUGACUCACCUGUGGGACGACAUUCCCGCGUGGCAACGAGACAACUGCUACAUACGAAGGGGCUACGUCAAGGAAACCAACUGCUACAAAAAGACCUUCAAAGCCUUGGGCUUUGUCCACAAUGAGACGGUCAACAUCUACUCGCACCUGAUCCCGGCCCUCACCACCUUUGUGGGAGGCGUGGCGGCCUACGGACUGGGCACCUACCUCGACGUGGGUCUGCCCAUCUACCCCACAACCACCUGGAAGGACCACGGCGUCUUCAUUCUCUUCAUGUUUGGAAUCGUCUCGUGUCUGGGCAUGAGUGCCACCUUCCACUGCAUCAAGUGCCACUCGCAGCAGGUGGCCCGAACCGGCAACCAGCUCGACUAUCUGGGAAUCGUGUCGCUUGUCGUCUCCUCCAUGUUCGGCAUCAUCUUCUACGGUUACGACCACGGAGACUACGAACGAUGGCUGUACUGGGGCCUGACCUUUUCGCUGGGCACAAUCUGUGCUUGCGUGUCGCUCAUGAAAAAGUUCCACACCAGCGAAUGGCGGCCGUUCCGAGCCCUCAUGUUUGUGCUCUUUGGUCUCUCCGGAGGCUUCCCCGUCAUCCACGCCUGUUUCCGAUUCGGAUACGAAGGAACCGUUCUGCGGAUCCAGCUGCCUUGGAUCUUGCUCGAGGCGGCCGCCUAUAUUGGCGGAGCCGGCAUCUACGCCGCCCGAGUGCCCGAAAAGUGGUCCCCCGGUACCUUUGACAUCAUCGGCUCGUCCCACCAGAUUUUCCACAUGUGCGUGGUUCUGGGUGUCAUUCUGCACUGGAUUGCCCUGCUGGGAACCUACCACGCCUACCACGGAUGGGCCCUGUCUCAGAGCCCUAUUUUCUUCCGAUAA